AUGACGAGCCUCCCUGCGGUCGCAAAAGAGUAUCGCCUUCCCAAGUACGAGUCAAUCGAUGAUCUUACGCUCGGAGAGGCGCCCGUUUCACAACUAGGGUAUGGCGAGGUAUUGCUGAAGGUGCAUGCUGUGUCCCUCAACUACCGCGAUCUCAAAAUCGCCCUAAAUCAAUAUCCCCUUCCCUUGGGCCAGCACAUCUUCCCUGUUUCUGAUGCAGCAGGAGAAAUUGUCCAGCUCGGCGAAGGGUGUAAGAAGUUCACCUUGGGAGACCGGGUAAUGCCAAACUUCACACGCGAUCAUCUCACUGGUGGGCCGACGCUAUCCGCCCUGCUCACAGCGCAUGGUGGAGCGAUCGACGGGUUCUUGCGCGAGUACGCUGUCGUGCCCGAGUAUUGUCUUGUUCGCGUGCCCGAAGGAUGGACCUACGAGGAGGGCGCCUCGCUGCCCUGCGCAGCUGUGACAGCGUAUAAUGCGCUGAUGGGGCUUAUUCCCAUGAAAGGAGGCGAUACAGUUCUUAUCCAAGGUACAGGCGGCGUGUCUAUAUUUGGCCUGCAAAUUGCCGUCGCUUCCGGUGCCAAUGUGAUAAUCACUUCCUCGUCCGACGCGAAGCUUGAACUCGCCAAGUCGCUCGGUGCGCACGCGUUCAUCAAUUAUCGCACGCACCCCGAUUGGGAACAGGAGGUGCUUCGACUCACAGAUGGCGAAGGAGUUGAUUACAUCGUUGAGGUCGGCGGGCCGGGUACGCUGCAGAAGAGCUUCAAAUGCAUCAAGUACUCCGGUAUCAUCAGCUCGAUCGGGUUCGUCGCGGAGCAGGGUGACCCGGGAAACAUCGCCAUGCUCGCGCUUGCCCGAGGGGUCAUCUUCCGGGGCAUACUCAUCGGCAGCAGGGAACAAUUCGAGGCAAUGUGCAAGCUGUUUGAGGUCGCGGGGGUACAUCCCGUUGUGGACAAGGUGUUCAAAUUCGACGAGGCGAAGGAGGCGUAUAGGUACCUAGAGAGCCAGAAGCACGUCGGAAAGGUCGUGAUUAGGAUUGAUUGA